GUUGGAUUCCCAGGUGGAGACAUUGGGAAGCUCCCUUUUAGCAAAACCAACCAGUGCGCAUGCGUGGAACAUUCGAUCACUGGUGGUGUAGCUAACGGCUAGGCUACGAAUCCAGCCGACAUGGAGAGGAAAGUUCUGGCGCUCCAGGCAAGGAAGAAGAGGGCAAAAGCAAAAAAGACCAGCAAAAAACAGCCUGUCAAUCCCAGAACUCGACAGCAGCCCCAGCAGGAAUCGUCACCUCAGGAACCCGAGGAACCUGAGGAGAUUCUUGGCUCUGACGAUGAGGAGCAGGAGGACCCUCACGACUACUGCAAAGGUGGCUACCACCAUGUGAAAGUAGGAGACCUUUACAAUGGAAAAUACCAUGUAAUCCGGAAACUGGGCUGGGGACACUUCUCCACUGUGUGGCUUGCCUGGGACAUCCAGGUGAAGAGAUUUGUUGCAAUGAAGGUGGUGAAGAGUGCGGAGCACUACACAGAGACAGCAGUGGAUGAGAUCAAACUCCUAAGAUCAGUAAGAAAUUCAGACCCCAAUGAUCCCAACCGGGAGAUGGUGGUCCAGCUGCUAGAUGACUUCAAGAUCUCUGGAAUUAAUGGCACUCAUGUCUGCAUGGUGUUUGAGGUGUUGGGGCAUCAUUUACUAAAGUGGAUAAUAAAGUCAAAUUACCAAGGGUUGCCGCUGCCAUGUGUGAAGAGCAUCGUAAGACAGGUACUCCAAGGUCUUGACUAUCUGCACACAAAGUGUCAGAUCAUUCACACAGACAUCAAGCCGGAGAAUAUCCUGAUGAGUGUUGAUGAGUCUUAUGUUCGCAAGCUCGCAGCUGAAGCCACGGAGUGGCAGAAGGCUGGGGCUCCUCCCCCUUCUGGUUCAGCAAUAAGCACAGCACCUGCUCCAAAACAGACAGUAAAAAUGUCCAAGAACAAGAAGAAGAAGUUAAAAAAGAAGCAGAAGCGCCAGGCAGAGCUGCUGGAAAAGUGCAUCCUAGACCUGGAGGAGAUGGAAAAGAUCACAGAGACACGAGAGGAGGAAGACGAUGAAUACGAGGACCCGCAGUCUCCAAAAGGACGGGCCUGCGCUCCGCUCAGACAGAUGUUAUUUCGGGAACUAGGAAUUGAGGAAACAGAGGUUUCGGAGAGCAGUGUGAAUGCAGAUCUCAUGAGGGUGGGACCAGAAGGGCAGUUGGAGGUGAACUGUAAUGGCCAUGCGGAGGUGGACCAGAGGCAGUCCCAGCAGAGGGAUGAAGACCAACACAAUGGCAAUGCAGAGCCCACAGAGAAAUGUACCAGUGAGGAGGAGAAAUACAAAGAGUCCCCUGUUCACCCAAUUUGCAAUGGGGUGGAUCCUGCAGAUCUCAAAGAGCUGGACACUGAGAUUGAAGACAGGGAUGCUCACAGUCGUGGGGUCACUGAGAGACACAUUCCUGCUGGGUUGGAGGACGGAGAGCUGGAGCAAAGCAUUUUGCAGGAACAGGGAGAGGACGGGUCUGACAGUCAGUACACAACCGAGGAACAUCAGAGAAAUGGCAAGCUAACAGCAGGAUCCCUGCUGGUUAACCCCCUUGAGCCACUCAAUGCAGACAAGAUCAAGGUCAAGAUUGCAGACUUGGGAAAUGCCUGCUGGGUGCACAAGCACUUUACAGAAGACAUCCAGACACGGCAGUACCGGUCCUUAGAGGUGCUCAUUGGUGCUGGAUACAGCACACCAGCUGAUAUAUGGAGCACAGCCUGCAUGGCCUUUGAGCUUGCCACAGGGGACUACUUGUUCGAACCACACUCUGGAGAAGAUUAUUCCAGGGAUGAAGACCAUCUUGCGCUCAUGAUUGAGUUGCUUGGUAAAAUCCCUCGUCACUAUGCUCUAAGCGGGAAAUACUCACAGGAAUACUUCAACAAGAGAGGUGAUUUGAAACACAUCACAAAGCUGAAGCCGUGGGGCCUGCUGGAGGUGCUGAUUGACAAGUACGAGUGGCCCCGUGAAGAAGCAGAGAGCUUUGCCGACUUCCUGCUUCCCAUGCUGGAGCUGAUCCCGGAGAAGCGAGCCACGGCUGCAGAGUGCUUGCGCCACCCCUGGCUUGCCCUCUAAUGGAGACCUCUAGCCAUUGCACCUUCCUUUCCUCCCAAUCUCUCCAGAGACUGCAACAGAUCACUUUCCAGUUUGGGCAUAUCAGAUGAAUAUUUAUUUCUCUUUUUGUUUUGUCAUUUUGGAUUUCUUAUGUUGUUGUUGAACUAAUGCUUCUGUGUAUGUUUGCUUUGUAUUUGUUGGUUCUUCUCUCAGUGUGAUGAUGUUGGGAAUCCAGUGGAUUUUAUUACUUUGUGGUCAUGUUGGCUCCUACUGCUGUGCUCCGUUCACCCAUCCAUCUAAGCAAACCUGUUAUUGUACUGCUAGUGACUCAUCCUUGUUUGUUACACUCCUGCACUAAAACCCAAACAAAUUAAGGAUAUGUAGCUGUUAUUGAUCAUUUUUGUCCCCUUGAAAAAGGAUUUGCUGUCACUUUUUUUUCUUCAUCUCUUCUCAUACAUUUUCAUCAGUGUAGUGUUGUUGUUUUUUUUUUAAAAAAAAUAAUUUUAUCUUAUUACACAUGUAAGGUAUGUAUUUUGUAUUUGUAAAGUAGGCUUAGGAAGUUGCACACCGGGCUGACAUUUACACUGACUAUAGUAAUAGCAUUUCUUGAGACAGAAUGUCUAGUUUCUUACUGAAACUUCUACUGUCUGACAUGUCAUAUUACAAAUCCAUUGUCACCUGGUAUUUAGUGUGGUUAAUUAUUUAUAAUAAGUGAGAUUUUUCAUUCUCGUGGGAGGCUGGUAUUCUCAUACACCUAUUACAAUUCAGGAAUAUAGUGUUUUAAAGGUUUCAACAAGACAACAUGCUAAGCCCAAUUUAAAGGAAAAAAAAGUGAAAAUAAACUGUAUAUAUCUGUACCAAAGAGUUUGCCUUUAUGUAUAUUACAGUUAUGUACAGUUUUUAACAAAUCUUAUAUCUUAGCUAAAAUUAUUUAGCUGGGUAGCUGUGUUUUAAUAAAGCGUAUGGAAGAUGUGUUCGAGUUCAGUUGUGUGUAUGGCCAACUGUUCAAUAAUUUCACUGUUUUUACCUUAGAAAUGAUGAGAUCUGGUGUUAUGUAAUGGUGUCACAAUUUGAUCAUAUCGAAAUGACCUAUGUAUCUGUUGGGGCCUCGGUAAAAACAAAUUUCACAUCAGUGUCAGGUUCAAGAACAUAGACUUUAUGUGAGCUGUCAAUUUAAAAAACUGUACAACACCAUUCAAUAAAACAGAUAUUCAUACAACACAAAA